AUUUUUCUUUUAUUUUUACUGCAAAAUAAUACUAGUAUUAUAAUGCAAACAAUCUCCCAAUCUCUCUAAACUAAAACCCUUGGAUUCAAUCGCGAAAUCGAACACCCUUUUGCAUAAUCCACACUUGUUACUGCAUUGAGCGCUUCGAUUUAUCCAACUCUGACGCGAUUCGUACUCUUUUUGACUCGAUUAACUAGGGUUUUCGUGUUCUUUGAUCUUUUGUUACAUUAUAUUACUCUUCUUUUUUCGGUUUCUUUUUGAUUCUCUGUUAGGGUUUUCAACACCAAAAGAGUUAAUUGGGGUUGACGGUGGGUGUAAGUUUGAUUUUUCGAUGGAGGCGGCCGCUAGUGUCGCCGUCGCAGCACGUGGGGUUUCUUUGACGAUGCCAUCUUCUCAAUCUCAGUCUUCCCGGAAAGAAUGGCGUGUUGUUUCUGAUCAUCCUGUUCAAAGCUCCGGCAACGAGGAGAUGGACCGUUCAAAGUUAGUGCAGGGUGAUGAGAGACUGAUAUAUGAGGGUAGAGAACCUGUGAAUGUGGACUUCUUUUCGAUAACUGUUGAUGGAUGUUCUGAUCAUGAAUUGCAUCUUGAUGAUGUUGUGAAACAAAGAGAACAACUUCAGCAUCUAGAGGUUAAUCUAAAAGCUCGGCUCAUAGCUAGAUCAGAAGUAAUGGGGAUGCAGGAACGAUUUGAUUCACAGAUCAAAGAGCACAUUACUGCAACUGUCAAACUUCAGGAGCAACUACAUGAAAGGGAAAAAGCUAUAAUGGACUUACAAAGGACUUUGGAUGAUAAAGAUGAGGAGCUCCAUGCAAUUAGAUUAGACCAUGAAGCUGCUUGGGCCAAAGAGGACCUCUUACGGGAGCAAAACAAAGAACUUGCAACCUUUCGGAGAGAGCGUGAUAAUUCUGAAGCUGAAAGGGCCCAACAUCUUAAAAAAAUUCAUGACCUACAAGAACAUGUUCAAGAAAAGGAGCGACAGUUCAUCGAAUUGCAGGAACAGCAUAGAGUUGCUCAAGAAACUCUCAUAUAUAAAGAUGAAAAAAUAAGAGAGGCACAAGCAUGGAUUGCACGAGUUCAGGAGAUGGACGCCUUGCAGUCAACUACCAAUCACUCGUUACAAGCUGAGUUGAGAGAGCGCACUGAACAAUACAACCAGCUUUGGAUUGGUUGCCAGAGACAGUUUUCUGAGAUGGAAAGACUUCAUCUGCACACGCUACAACAGCUGGAGAUUGAGUUGUCUGAGGCAAGAGAAAGGAGCGGCACUUACUCGGAUGGGUCACGUACGACUCAAACGAAUGUAAAGGACACAUCUCAUUUUCUACAUAGCAAUGGAAGCCAAUUGGAGGCUAGUGGAGGAAGCAGCCCUGCUGGUGAUUCAAGGGGUCUCCAGAAUGGGGAUGCAGAAAUUGUAUCUGCACAGGUAGAUGCUGGUAUCUUCUGUUUAAUAUUUAUGAUAAAAUUGAUCCACAAUUUUGGGUUUCAAGUUAGGGUAAAUAUCUAAAAUUUAACAUGCAAAGUUCCGUUUUUAGCUUUAUCCAAAUAUAUAUGAAGAUAAAAUCAAUAUCUGCAAAUAGUUUGUUGCCCCCAUUGGCGGUGACCCCUGAUGAUACAUCCUCUUAUAAAACAAAUAAUGCUAUUGUUCUCUAAUAUCCAUUGUCUUGGAUCACGU